AUGAGACAUUUACCUUUGAAAAAAACCUACGCACAGAAAUACAGACCGGAGUGGGAAAAUAUGGACGAAUUUAAAGGUUGGCUAAAAUCGGCAAGUGGAGACACAAGCAAAGCAUUUUGUACAUAUUGUUCUACGGAGAUUCUUGCUAAACUGUUUGAUAUAAAGAAGCAUGCUGAGACCAAAAAGCAUAAACAGAAAGUAGAGUUCAAAACAGGCCCAAUGGAAAGAAUCCAAGUCCUUGAUGAUAUCGAAAAGGAUAUUAUUACUUGCUUGCAAUGUGCUGCCCAAGCUCUUUUGGAAUUAGGUAAAGAAAAAUCAAGCCAGAAGCAAGCUGAAACCAAUACAUCACAAUUUUUGCGAACCCUUAGUCAAGUUGAAUCAAAACUUAGUGAUCAAAUAAAUUACUUGACUCAAGUGUCCACUGGCCAACCACAUGAGGGAUCUGGAUAUGCAUCACAGAAAGUGUUGCAGAUGGCUUGGCAUCGGUUAGAACAUGUCCGUUCUUGGGUGAAUGAGUUGGAUAGACUAAAAGCUUCCCAUUUGGCUUCUGCUAAUCGCACUUCUACUGGAAUUCCAAAUGGCAGUAUGACAUCCUCUGGAACAAGUACUUAA